AUGAGGCUCACAUUCAAGACAAGACAACUGAAGGGGGAACAUCACAUACAAUGGCAACCUUCUAUAAUAAUAAGUGUUGGUGACAGGUCCAUCCCUGCAAACAUACCUAGCAUAGAAGAGUUAUAUCAAAACGAGCAAAUUAACCAACGAAAGAAAAGAAAAAUUGAAACCCAAAGUGACAGAAAUGCAUUAAUUAACAGAACGAACAACUGCAAAAAACUGUUGAGUAGUCUUCCUGCUUUACGUCUAAAGGACGACUCGGAUAAUGACGCCCUUCAUUCGAGUCAAAUCGUUAGCAAUCAAGUGAACUGUGCCUACUCACCCAAAGGGCACAACCAAGACAUAGCUUUUAAAAGCGAUUUAAAACGGAAAAAUUAUAUUUUAGCUAACAAAAGUGCAUACACAAAAGACUCCACUGAGUCAGCAAAACAUAGCUAUGACAUUUAUGAAGAGGAGAAUCGAAAAGCGGACACGAAAGGGUUCUCCACUCCAACUAAAAACCUAAACAAUGCCAAAAAUUUUAUCAAAAUAGGCACUUCACAAGAUGUUCUUCAUAGCGCUACCAAAAAGUUAAACUUGGAAGAACGAGCCAUUGCAAAGAAGAGCAUACAGAAUGAACGUAGAGAAUCCCCAAAUGUAAAAAAUGGAAAUAAAAAAUCUCUAACCGAUCGGAAGGUGAAAUUCGAACAGGGAAAAAGGAACCCUCACUCACCCGAAGAAGCUGCUAAGGUGACCCAAAGAAGAAAUCAUACAGAAUAUAAUGACAACUCUGCUAUUACUACAGAAGAAAACAGAGGAAAAAAAACAUCCAGAAAACACACAUCUCAGAUGAUCCACUUAGGGAAGACAUCUGAAUCCAAUUUAGGAAAAAGAUCCAAUAAUAAUACCACUCUAAGAAACGAGAAAGGCACCUUCGGUGAUGCCAAUCCAACAAAAAGGGGAACUCCCAAUGGGUCAAACAACUUUCCUAAAACGAACAUGCUAACUCAUUCAAAUAGGACAAAGAAAUCAGAACAACUGAGACGAAUUAAACAAAUGGAUAGCUCAUGCAAAACGGCAGGUUUUACCAAUAACAAUGUCCAAGAAAAAAUAAUGGAAAAAAAUAACCAAAGUGAGGUGAACAAAGUGAAACCUACAAUAAAUGACACAGCCGACCAACCCUUCUGGGAUGAAAAGCAAAAAUUAGAGGAAAGGAAAGACUCGCAUCAGCCACAAAAAAGCAAGGCAAUCCAAAUGGACACCAAUAAAAACGUAAAAGCGAUUUUUAGCUCCAACUUUAUAGAAGCACCAAUUUAUAACCAACUUGGAACAAAUUUGAAGUUGCGUGAAGGAAUGACGGAUGGGGACAGAUAUGCCAGUGAACAGUCAGAAAUUUUUUUGCAUGAGAAACCUUCACCAUGUAGCAGCGGGAAGACAGAAUAUGCAAGCUCCGUGUCAUCACCCGAUCACAAUUCUAGUGCGUUUCACAUGAUGGAAGAAGGAAAAAAAGAGAUACUCUCGACAAAACGUCCAAAUUAUAAAAGCCAGGAAAGUCUGCUAUACGAACUGAUACACACAAAUGACAAUAAAAGUAGAAUUAAACAAUUUAUUGAGCAAUCUGAGGAGCGACAAAACGCAUGCACAAAUUUGUGCAGCGAAAAUUCCCCUCAUAGAAGUGGAACAACGGAAGCAAACACUAACGCUGUCAAUGUGAAGACAACUGGGAUGAAUUCCCCUCGGGGGAAGUGUCACAACCAAGCCGCACCAAAUGACGAGCAAGACAAAUCUCAAAAUAGCACUUCAAAUGAUCAAAAAAAACACCUAAAAAAAAGCAACGAAACUUUGCUAUACGAAUUAAUCAACGCGAAUAAUAACAGAGUGAGAAUUCUAAAUUUCCUGAAACGGUCUAGCAUACGAGAAAGCAGUCUUAGCCAAAGGGGAGACGCGGAAAGAGACUGCCCCAAACAAAAUGGGCACGAAAACGAUCGUUUAGGGGAAGAAGCCGUUAAAAUUAUGCCACAUAUAUUGGAGGCCCCACCUCCAUUGUCUUCCCAUUCAAGCAGUGCAAAGGCACCUACGAUGAAAUGUACACUUCCCAAAUGGAAAUCCACUCGGGCAUGCAAAACAGUGGCAAACAAAAACGCUCCAAAGUACACAAUUUCAAGCAAGUACCACAAUAAAUAUGCACCCCAGAACAAAAUCAAGGCACCUACAACUAAAAUGCAAAGCGCGAAAGAAAUUAAGCAAAAGGAAAGCAUCACAUCAAGUGACAAAAUUAAAAAUGGGCACAAAUUGAUGGCAAAUAAAAAAGGGGAGACAAAACUGUCUCAUGUGCAAAGUCGUGAUGCACCACAUCAGGUAAGCAGUAGGAACCCCCUCAGUAGAAGCACCGCCAAAGGGAAGGAUACCCAGAGGAGGCAAAUUAUAACACCAAAAAGAGGAGAAAGGGACUAUUUAACUCUCCCCAAAUUGAAAAGUGGGUCCAUCCAACAUGACAUUCCGAAACGUCCCAAAGGUAUAACAAUCAAACCAGUCCAUAUUAAAGACAAAAAUGAAAGUAAGAAAAAUAUUCAUUCUAACACUUUAACCAUUAAAAAGCAAGUAGAUAACCUACCAACCAAAUGCACACAUGCAGAAGCUGCGUCGAAAGUACCUAUCCCUUCGCACGUGCAAAAGGGCCAAUCCAAAAUGGCGAAUCAUCAUGGAAGAACCACCAACCAGGUAAAGAUAAAAAAAUGUCCCAUCAUUCAGCAAGCUAUCCCUAGUCAAACUGAACAAAAAACGAAAGGGGAUAUUUCAGAGAAACAAAAAAACAGCAAACAAGUCGCAGAAAAAAUACUUCAAAGCGACAAAAAACAAAGUGUCCAAGACGGAACCAUAAAAAAGGACCAUACUAAACAUAAAGUUAGCACCACCACAGAUAGAGGGGAAAAAAAAAGAAAGCUACUCUCUGGUGCAGAAGCUAACACAAGGGUUAAAGCAAGGAAGGUGCAAACGGAAAUGAUUCCCAAGAAAAUCAGCGUACAAAUGAUGACCAAAAAAUGGGGGGACAAAUUUGAGCAAAAUGGACAAAGUGGCACUAAUGAAGAAGGGCAAAGAGUUAACUCUGCUUCUGAUGUAAAAGUAGCGGCCAGCAAAGAAACGACCCCCUCAGUAAUGAACCCACUUAAAAAGGUGAUCACAGAAUGUACCCAUAUAUUACUAGAAAAGAAAAACAGGACACACUUCACCAAUUCAAAUGAAGAGACCACAUUUUGUGUGUUUAACAAAGACGUUCAAAAAAAUUCCCGCAAUGAAGACAUCCAAAAGAGCUUCUCUCUUUACGUAAGCAUAGCCGUUGUGAACCCUCCAGUGGGACAACACCUGUUUAGCACAUUCUCGAAUAGAAUGUAUAACCUACUAAUCACUGUUAACCUGAAUGAAGUCCCCCCUUUUGAUGAAUUAAAAAAGAAAAAACUAGAAAAAAAACAGAACAGUAUCUCACAUGAAGGGGGAUAUACCUAUCUCUCAUCAGCAGCACAAGCACUUACAAAAAUGAAAACAAUGGUUACCAUUCAUUUCUACCAAACGGAAGGGACAAACUCUGUAAAAAAAUGGACCACUAUGACGGUCCAACAUUUAGAGAUCUAUCACUGGAGUGGUAAGAAGGCUAAUCUGGUGGUAAUGUACAGGCAAACAAUAUGCCUUAACAAGGUAGAAGAAGUCAAACUAACACACCAAAUAAAACCACACCUAGCAAACGUAGAAACUGCUACAAAGGAAGAAUGCAAAGAACUCCCAACAUUGCUUCAAGCAGAAAUGCACUCAAAUCACUACGCUGCAGGGAAAGUAAAAAACGAAGACUUUAACACGGAGAACAUGGCAUGGAAAAAUAAAAUUUCACACAGUACUAUAUUCAUUACAGAUCCACUUGUAAAAUGUACCAUAAAAAGAAUUAUCAUGUCAAGAGAAGAAGGGAAAGAAGGGGAAAAAAAAGAGCCAAUCAAAUGGUCGCACUACCUACCCCCAGCAGGAUCAACAAAACUGAUUUGCACGCAGAGGAACAUACUAAACAGGUCAUUCAUUGCAAGUCCAAAGAAACUCAUCGGAGGUAGACACAUAUGUACAUGGGAACUUCCCAGAAACGGGAAAAACAUCCCAUUCGACGAAUCAAAAAGAAAGAAGGAUCCUGCAAAAUUUAGUGUAAUGCAUUAUCAAAUUACAACACUCGAUAUGGACAAUAAGCUUGCUUCAGAUAAAGUCCAGACAAAAAAGAUGUGCGCUAACGUAGGCAAAAAAGGAAAUAAAUAUGUGCUGGCGAAAAAAAAAAAUUAUGAGCUGGGGGGUGUUAUUCCCGAGGUACAGGAAGAGACAGAUCCGCAAAUCACAACACAGUGGGGUUUACCAAGUGUCGAUGAUGAAAAAGGCAAAAUGACAUCAACAUGUCUCACAGACAGGAACUUAAAAGAUGCAAAAAAAGAUGUAGUUGCCAUAAAGAGGAUUAAACGUGAAGGAUUCGAUGAAGGCAAAAAAACGCUAAUGAUUGGGGACCUUAAAGAGGGCUCUCAACAAAUGGAAAAUGGGAUCCCACUGGAGCUGCAAAAUGGGACCCCGGUUCAGUUACCAUAUGGGACCCCAUUGAAGUUGCAAAAUGGGAACCCGGUUCAGUUACCAUAUGGGACCCCAUUGAAGUUGCAAAAUGGGAACCCGGUUCAGUUACCUCACACGAACGAUAACAGAAUCACAAACCAAACCACGCAACCACCCAACGGAGAUAUCGAAAAAGAGAUAUUCACAAUCAAACAACUAAUAAAGGAAAUUCUCACAGAAAUGAAAAACGGUCUUGUGAAAGAAGCGAAAACGAAGAAAUCGAAAAAUUCCAAGAGAAAAAAUUCAAGGCUUAAAGAAGUUAACAGAAAUGCUGGCAUAAAAAACUUCAAUAAAAGGGGUUCAAAACGGAAAAAGGGAAAGGACACCUCCAUUGAAAAGGUAAAAAACAAAGACAUAAAUGUAACUACCUCAGUUAUCAACAUGAAACCUUCCAGUAUGGAAAUGGAAUGUGUAAUGAAUGCGCUGGAAAAGGAUUCUGUAAUAGGGAUAUCAAUCGAGGAAGGUAUGGAAGCGUCUACUCGCGAAGUUACAGCGGUGUCGGAUGUAAGCGGUGAAAGUAAAGUCAUGGUAGGAGCUGAGUUAAGUGCCGCUGAUGACGCCAUGAUGCUGGAAGAUGUGCUUUGCCGAAACCAUGUAAUUGUGUGGCAGGCUGUUAGUGACAAAAGCGCCGCUACGAUGGUGGAGGACGUACACGACCAAGACAAUGUUAUGCUGAUGGAAAAUGCAAAUGGGUACAUUGACGUCGUGGUGGUAGAGGACGUAGGUAGCGAAAAUGCCCGCAUGAUGGUGGAGGACGUAAGCAGCGAAAAUGCCCCCAUGAUGGUGGAAGAUGUAGGUAGCGAAAAUCCCCCCAUGAUGGUGGAGGACGUAGGUAGCGAAAAUUCCCCCAUGAUGGUGGAGGACAUAGGCAGCGAAAAUGCCAUCAUGAUGGUAGAGGACGUAGGUAGGGAAAAUCCCCCCAUGAUGGUAAAUACACCUAGUCAAAGCGCCGCCCGCCCAGUUGACGAUCGGCAGAGCGAAAUCGAAGUGGCAGACUUCGUGGAUGAGCUCGUCAGCGAGUUGGAGGACUACGAACCAAGGAGCGAAAACAAAAAGGAUGAUGCACCUUGUAGGGACGCAAAAAAGGAAGAAAUACGACAAGAAAUUAAAAAGUUAAUUGAAAUGGUAAAAGAAUUGAAACGAGAAUAUACGAAAGAAAUCCAAAAGGAUUGUUCCCAAAAUGACAUGGAAAAGGAAAAAUUCAUGAUAACAAAUUUCGAUGAAACGAAUGGGAAGGCACAAAUAAUAGACCUUCCCUUUGCCGAGGAUGAUGGGGCCAUGUUAGAGGACUUGCCAGCGGGCAUUUUAACCCUUCAAAUAAAGGAGGAAAAUACAGAAAAAGAAUUUCAAAAUGGCAUGAUAAAAGAUCACGAAGGAGAGGAGUCUUACAAACCGGAUAUGAACAAAAUAGCAACCACACUGCCCGAACAUAUCAACCUAGAACAAAAGUUAAAAAGUUGCAACGAUUUGGACAAUGCCAAGGGGGAUAACGCCACUACACACUCUUCAAGGCCAACAUGUACCAAAAAAAAAAAAAAUUCAAUGAAAGGGUUAAACUAA